GCCAUGCAAGUCAGGGCAAAGCUCAGAGCCACUGAGAGAUGCUGAGAGGACGACGCUGGGGAACAUCCUCCCAGGGAAUACAAUACGUUUUCAGCCCAUUAAGUUGGAUAAACAAAUGGCUUACUGUUGGAGAUGCUCAGAGUUAUGGACAUCAACAGGGAAACAUUGGAAGAUCAAUAAAUCCAGUGGAGCCGUGAUGGAGCAUGAAUGAGAUGCCAUGAAAUGUACAACAGCCCACUUCAGAGCAACCCUUGUUUGGCACUCAAUUGAUGUGGAGGACCAGUGGAGCGUCAGAGACUGGGCGAGAUGGGUAAUGCCAUGCGAGGCGUCGUUGCCUUCAUACCCUCAGAACGCUGUCAACGCUUUCUCGUGGGCGACCUGAAGGAAAUGCCACUGGAUCGGACCCUGGACCUGAGCAGCCGGCAGUUGCGUCGGCUGCCUGUUGCCGCCUGCGUCUUCGAUGAGCUGGUGAAGCUCUACCUGAGCGACAACAACCUCAGCAGCUUGCCGGCUGAACUGCAGCGCCUGAAGAAGCUGCAGCUCUUAGCCCUCGACUUUAACUGCUUUGAAGAGCUCCCUGCAGCUGUUUGCAGAUUGCCCCAGCUCAGCAUCCUUUACCUGGGUAACAACAAGCUUUACAGCCUCCCCAGAGAACUAAGAGAGCUCAAGGAACUUAAUACUCUGUGGCUGGAGACUAAUUGCUUCACUGUUUUCCCACAGGUGGUUUGUGAGCUCCCUAAUCUAAAGACCCUGCACCUUGGUUAUAACCAGAUAGAGAGUUUACCUCCUGAGCUAAGAGGGCUGGAGGAGCUUCGAAGUAUCUGGCUCGCUGGGAACCAACUGGCAGCGUUCCCACCAGUGUUGCUGGAAAUGCACCUCUUAGCGGUCAUUGAUGUGGAUCGGAACCAAAUACGCGUCUUCCCAAAACUGUCUCACAUGCAGGGGUUGAAACUUGUCAUCUAUGACCACAACCCUUGUGUUAAUGCCCCGGUAGUGGGCGAGGGAGCCAGAAGAGUCGGGCGGUGGGCGGACAGCCCAGACGAUGUGCCGGAGGAGGAUGGGUCAAAAGCAGCGAGUGAGACCGCGGCGGAGGUCGCGGAGGUCCACCCCGAGGAGGAGCACAACAUUUAGGGUGAAGGAACAAAGUGACCUUCAGCCUUGGAGAGGCCGGGCCGUACGGGAUGACGUUGAAGUGGAACACUUGAAGCCGAGUGGAGUGUUGAACAUCAGGCUGAUGGCCUCUGGUCCAUAUACGGCAACGCCAAGUUGUUGUACGCGUUGUACCCAACCGUGUGUGAGAGGGGACAUUUGCAUCCAGAAAGUGUUGAACAUGAUUGGAUAUUUGGACUGUAUGAAAUGUUAGUGUCUUAUUUGAAUUAGUAAAACUUUAGAAAUGAUUUGCUGCAACAACAGUGAUGUUGUAAAUUGCUAAAUUGUAAAAACUUCCACAUCAGUCUAAAUGUCUUGAAAUAUUUCAUCUUACGGUGCAUGACACAGAUUUUUACAAGUUGUGGGACAUCUGGGAGAUGAAAACAGUGCAUCUUUUUCUACUUGAUAACUAUUAGUGGUGUGUAUGCACAACUCUUUUCUAUUAAAUUGGCAAGGGUUUUGUCAGUAUAGACGGGAUUAAGACAAAGAAAAGGGUUCAUUACACAGAUUCUUGUUCAAGCAGAAUCGGCUAUAGUAUCUGGACCUGCUGAGGCGAAGUACAGUGAGGUUUUUAACCCAAGUGAUGGAUGGUUUAAAUCAAUUAGUCUACUCCUUCUCCAGAGCAAUGCAUAAUUCAUCAGAUAGAUUGGGGCUGUGGCUUUGAAUAGAGGCUGCUAAUGGGCCUUCAUAUCAUCGCCAUAAGGUUUGGAUCCGAAACGGAUCGUAAAUGCAGUUUUCCAGUUCCUCCGCGUACCAAGAGCAUGUUCUAGAAACAAAAUUAAAUGUUAUUCCACACUGUAUCUUUUGAUGAAUUUGUAAUCCUUUUAAGAAAAGCGUAGGUAAAGGAUUUCCAAGAUCUGCAUACCCAUCUUUUAACUGGAAAUGUGAUGAUUGUGAACACACUGAACGACUGUAUUCAUUCAGCUUCCUAUUAAAAAGACCGACUUCAUUGUGCGUUUAUGUAACCUCCAGGGAUUCCACGAAACAUAUGAAGUCAGAGAUUCGACGAACAUAUGAAGUCAUUCUGUUUUUAUAUCUCUCAAGCGUACAGUCAAAGAUAAGCAUCUCGGCUCUCGUAGCCCCCGAACAAACUGAAAUCCCAAAACGUCACGCACUGUCACGCUUGUUUUACAAUAAGCCACAAAGGGCACAGUAAAUGUCAACACUGUGUUGGUCCUUUGUAUUUAACAUCUACCGCUGAUUGAGACUCGUGAUUCCUUUUUCAUGUUUUAUCAGAAUCUCAUCAACAUGAUACAAAAGGUUCAUCAUAUUCUAGAAUGUUAAAACAUUAAUGGCAGUAAUGACUUUUAAGUUGAAAGCUUGUUUAUAAAAAUAAAUCAGUUUAAUAUAC